GCCAACUUCCGCUAUUCUACCGGAUGUGACGACAUCAAGUAAACAGGAGCUGUCACUAGAGCCAUUACGAUAACUACUACAGGAAGCGAUUCUUUUAUGCAUACUAAAGGACAUUUAUAUGAGAAACUGGUGCAUAUUCUAAUAAAGGUUUUACAGGGACAGGAGUGACACUGUCCUGACAUGUUCACAGACAUGGACUAUGAAUUGGAGGAGGACAAACUGGGGAUACCAACAGUCCCUGGUACUGUGAGUCUGAAAAAAGAUGCUAAUAACCUUAUUGGGAUCAGUAUUGGUGGUGGAGCACAGUACUGUCCAUGUCUCUACAUUGUCCAGGUCUUUGAUAACACCCCAGCAGCUCUGGAUGGGACACUGGCAGCAGGCGAUGAACUCACAGGCGUGAAUGGAAAACCAGUGAAGGGAAAGACUAAAGUGGAAGUAGCCAAGAUGAUUCAAGCUGUCCAGGGAGAAGCAAUAAUUCACUACAACAAACUGCAGGCAGACCCGAAACAGGGGAAGUCUCUGGACAUAGUGCUGAAAAAAGUCAAACAUCGCCUGGUAGAGAAUAUGAGCUCAGGCACAGCAGAUGCUCUUGGACUCAGUAGAGCUAUUCUAUGCAACGAUGGACUGGUCAAAAGACUGGAAGAGCUGGAGAAAACCGCAGAGCUCUACAAAGGAUUGAUGGAGCACACAAAGAGGCUGCUCCGAGCUUUCUUCGAGCUCUCUCAAACCCACAGAGCUUUUGGGGAUGUUUUUUCUGUCAUCGGUGUGCGAGAGCCCCAGGCCGCAGCCAGCGAGGCUUUUGUGAAGUUUGCUGAUGCUCACCGCAACAUUGAGAAAUAUGGUAUUCAGCUGCUGAAGACCAUUAAACCUAUGCUCCACGAUCUGAACACGUACCUUCAUAAGGCCAUACCAGACACAAAGCUCACCAUCCGCAAGUAUCUGGAUGUGAAGUUUGAAUAUCUGUCAUACUGCCUGAAGGUGAAGGAAAUGGAUGAUGAAGAGUACAGCAGUAUAGCCAUGGGAGAGCCCCUCUACCGUGUCAGCACCGGUAACUAUGAGUACCGUUUGGUGCUGCGGUGUCGGCAGGAGGCUCGAGCCCGCUUCGCCAAAAUGAGGAAAGACGUUCUGGAGAAGAUAGAGCUGCUAGAUCAGAAACACGUCCAGGACAUUGUGUUCCAGCUGCAGCGCUUCGUCUCGGGCAUGUCACAUUACUACGACGAGUGCUACGCUGUCCUGAAGGAGGCGGACGUCUUCCCCAUCGAAGUGGACCUCUCCCGCACCAUGAUCAACUACAGCAGCCAGUCUCUCUCCUCUUACACUGGAGAUGAGGACGAGGAGGAGGAGGAGGAGGGAGGAGGCGGACAGGAAGGAGGAAGGAGUGCAGACAGACAAGCAGAGAACGGCGCUGAAAAACUGAUCGAUGACGAAUGAGUGUGUGUGGAGAUGAAGUCCGACCCUCAAUCAUAACAGUUCUACACUUGCAUUUAACGCCAAUGCACACACUAAUCAGUGAUCUGGAUAACACUUGUUACAAAGGUGAAAAACGACUGAAAUUGCUGUUAUGAUGCUGUAUGUGUCCUUCCUGGGAUACUCUCAAAUCAACAGCUUUGUUAUUAUUUUACCAUAGAAACUUUUGACUGUCAACUUUCUCUUUAAGAAAAAAAAAAAAAAAGAUUCCCCCUUAAUGACUGUGAGAGACACAACUAACAGGGAAACUUAAUUUUAAUCUAAAUGUGGGGUUUUAAUGCAGCAGAGUAGGGUUUAUAUGCAUAUGAAGUGUGCCUUCUUCAGUCUUAAUGAAGUGUAAUAGGUCAGUGUGCGUAUGCUGGAUUGUUACAAGUUAUAUCUUGAUAUUUACAUUUUUAUUUUGUUAUUUUCUUUGCUGCAAACUUGUCAUAUUUCGGACAGGGAUGUAUUUAGCAAUCUAAAAUGUUAUUUUGUGGUAAAUGUCAAGUGUCACUACAGAUACAUGACACUGAUGGUUAAAUAUAGAAAGUCUGAAGAUGAUGAAGACGAUGAUGGACACACAGAUGUGAUUGUACACUCCUUUGUACUCUGGUUGUUCUUUCUUCUUCUUAGCAUAUUUUUAGUUGUUACACAAGGGAGAGCUUGCAUUUGUCACACAGAUUCUUCACAACCAAAGUUUUUUUAAGGUCAUUUAAUCUGCCUCACCCACGUAUACUCACUUCCAGUGAAAAUAUCUCGUAACACUCACUUCCCCUCAGCAGAAUGUGUUUUCCCCACACUCUGGUAGUGUUUCUGUCUAGGAGGAGAAAGCUAAUGGACACACACAGACGCCUCACAGAGCUUUACCACUGUGUGGAAACAGAUUGAAAAGUGCAAAAACUACAUGUAAAUAAGUACACAAAAGGGAAGGGUGUAAAAAUUCUGUUGUAAUCUUUCUUGUCAUUCCCACUUUAUUUAUUCUUUUUGUCAGAAUAUAUUUAAAAGUUUUAAUGAGCAAAAUCGAUUCUAUAUUAUAGUGAAUAUAAUUAACCACUUGUGUGUCUUGUCUUCAGGGGGAUAAAAUGGUUUUGUUCAUUUUUAUGAUUUACUGUUGGGAACAUUUAUCAUCACAACAGAUGAAGUCAGUGAAUUAAAAAACAUUUUGUUCCUGUA